UAUUUAAUAUGGAAAAGAGCACGCUGCCUCCGUUUCUACCAAAUGCCGCUCACCUUUCCUCGUUUCUUUUUGCGUCGCAGUUUGCACGAGUUGUUGCUCCCAUUUAUCAUUACCGGCAGAGCCGCCGGCGUCGGCGUUGGCAGAUGUUACAAUGCUUUGUGUUGUUAGUGGUCGUCCUGGGGUGGUGGUGGUUGUUGCUGCUGCUCGAAAGAUGAUGCGGAAGCACAGGCAAAAUGGGGAAAAAAAGUGUGGCGGGGGGAAAAGAGAAAAGCUUUGCCGGCCGCCUAGCGUUAGAAUGGAAAAUUUUCAAUAAUUUCAUGAAUGUUUGAAAUGUGCAGCGUGGAGGGGGGUCAUUACAGCGUCAAAGAAACCUUGUUACAAAAAUUUAAUAUUCAGAUUGAGACCCCCGUCGUCGAGAAGGUCGCAGCUGAGGAGGUCGAUGCUGUGAAGAAGGAUGCCGUUGCCGCCGAGGAGGCAGCAGCUGAGAAGCCAUCCACCACAGAGAACGGUGCCGCCGAAGAGGAGAGCGCCAAGGAGAACGGAGCAGCUGCCGAUAGCGCUGCUGCCCCCGCCGCCGAUGCCGUCGAUGGUGAGAAGGCCGAGGCUGCCCCCGCUGCCGAAGAGAAGGAGGAGGCUGGUGAGGAGGCCAAGAAGGACAGCAGCGAGGCCGCUCCUGCUGUUGAGAACGGUGCCGAGGAAGCAUCCAACGGUGACUCAACAGACGCCCCCGCCGCUGAAGCCGUGAAGCGGAAGGUGGACGAGGCCGCCGCCAAGGCUGAUGAGGCCGUUGCCACGCCGGAGAAGAAGGCGAAGCUGGACGAGGCCAGCACAAAGGAUGAGGUGCAAAACGGUGCCGAGGCCAGCGAAGUGGCUGCCUAAGGUAUACGCCCGGCUUAGUAGCAGCACACUCAGUACUCUUACAUAUAAAAUACUAACACAAAAACCAACAAGCAAAAAUCACACAAAAUAAGGUUCAAACCCAGCAGCAGCAGCAGCGUGCGUGCAGCUUUCCGGGCUGCCUGCAUGUCGUCUCUGUGUGGGUAUGGGCGGGCGCAAUUAUGUCUAAUAACAAUCCUGAAAUGGGAGCGUAGUCUUAAAGCGUACCGAUUACCGAUUAUCUCUCUGUCUCUCUACUAACAAAACAACCAACCAACAACAAAAAAAAAACAAAAAGAAAAAAAAAACAAGAAACAACAAAAUCCAUUAUCAUUUAAAACCUUACUUAAAAACUUAACUUUAAAGAAAGUAUAUGUAAAGCAAAAGAUUAAGUGAAAAAAACAAGCGAAAGUAAGAUGCGAGACCCUCUAUGUUUUAAGAUAAAAAGUUGUAAACAAAAAGCGUCAAAUUUAAUAAUUGUAAUAAAAAUACGAAGCGAUGAAAAAAAUUGCAAACAAAAAUCCCUAAAUAAGCAAAAAACAAUAAGAAAGUAAACGACAAAAAACGAGAAAACACUGCAUUAUGCAUUUUUUUUUUGUCUCAACUUGAAUAUUUUUUUAAUUUAAAGAAAAAAAACUUUGAUCCUAUAUUGUGUAUGAGUAUUUAUAUAUAUAUAUAUAUAUACCAAGCAAAACUUUAAAAUCGGCACAAUAUAACAAAAUGCUGCCAACAACAACAACAACACCAGAUCAGUCUUUGUUAGCUGACCACAAAGCAAAAAUCAUACCACAUAGAAACAAUAAAAACAAAACUAUAAGAAAUCCAAUUUUUAUAUAGCAAUUGAAACAGAACAAUUUCUUUUCCAAAAUCGGGCGGCGAAUUGUGCUUAAAAAAACUGUCAAAAUGUACAAUUUACUGAACCGGAUAAUUCUAAUGGUUUUCUUGGCAAUUUUCCGUUUUGUUUGCAUUUAAUUUUUCCGGGGCGUAAUAAUUUGAAAAUUAUGUACGCCGAUUAAUCUCCGAAAUAUAAAUUCAGUUAAGAGCCCAAGAGCAGAUAUGGCCGAAAAACAGGCAUUCAUCAAAACCAACAUUUAAAAAUAAACGGAUGAAAAUUA